AUGUAUACCUUCCUGGUGACAGUCGUUCUCAUGGGAAUAGUACAGAAGAACUCCCUAAGAGAAUACUGGAGCACAGAUCCUAUGUUUGCAACUCCCUUCUUUGCCUCCCUCUUUUCCCAAGAUCGCUUCCUCGUUCUGCUGCGAUGCCUGCAUUUUGUCAACAAUGCUACUGCCAUCCUAAGUGACCCGUUAUACAAAAUAAGAAAUGUUCUUAUCAGCCUGACAUCAGCAUUUGGUCGGGUCUUUGUGCCAUACAAGGACCUAUGCAUUGAUGAGUCCCUGAUGUUAUGGAAAGGUAGGCUGGCGUUCCGUCAAUAUAUACCCUCCAAAAGGCACAGGUUUGGAGUCAAGUUCUUUGUCAUGUGCGACGUGAAGACAGGAUUUGUCCAGGAUAUUAUAGUUUACACAGGGUCCACCACUGACAUCAAACAUUAUGAGGGGCUUGGGGUGUCAGGGUCCGUGGUGAUGACCAUGCUGGCUCCUCAUCUCGGCAAGGGACACACUUUGUACGUGGACAAUUGGUACAGCAGUCCCACACUCUUCCAGCAUCUGCUCUCCAACAGCACAGGGGCCUGUGGCUCAGUCAGGUCGAACCAGAAGGGGAUGCCGGCAUUCGGAUGCGGGAAGAUGCAGAGAGGGGAGGUGGAAUUCCAGGAGAACGGUCAACAGCUGGCAGAAAGCAAAGGCCUUACGCUCAUGUACCUCACUAAGCUGAGCUUUGAGGAUGGUAGCACACAAUGUCCAUUGAAGUAA